ACAGUCAACACAGAAUGGGGAAAGUCGGUCAUCAGAGCUGUAGAAAUGUGAAAGAGAUGUAAUGAGUUGAUCUAAAGAACAUGUUGAAGUCAGACAGAUUAAUUCAGUUGGUGAUAUUUAAUCUGUUGUUAGGAUUUUCCAGUGGGGGCCAGACAGUUGAUGGUAGGGGAGGAUCCAAGGUGGAGGAGGCUAAACCACCAGGGGAGGGGCAGGCCAUUAACUCAGAACACCAGACACAGAGUCAAGAGACAGUGGAUGAAUUAUCAGCUGAACAAAAAAUAAAUGGAAAGGAAAAUGAUAAGUCUUCCAAUAAUGAACAGAGUGACCCUGAGUCAGAUACAGAACCUCCCCACAAAAGUGAACCUGAAAAACAGACACAGACCCAACAAGAUGUUGAGGAAAAAAGCACAGACAAAGCUGAGGAUUCAACAGGAACAGUCGUCAAAGAUGAUACAGAUUUGGGAACAUCAGGGAAAGAAUCCCAGAAUCCUGUGAAUGUGGAAACAUCACAGGAGAACAAAAUCAAUGGAAACCAGGACAGAUCUCAGGAGGGCACUGAAAAAGUGAAAGAACCAGAAUCAGAGUCUCAGACAGAAACUCUAAAUAAAGAAACCAAGGAUACCCCAGCCCCACCCCCAGAGAGUGAACAGAAGCUACCCCAGCAGCCUGCUGGAACCUCCACACCCACCCAGGGGGAACCUGUAACUCUGACCUCUGAACCUGGGGUCAAAGAGGUAAAGGAUGAGGCUGCUGAAAAAGACUUUGAAACAUUUUCUGAAUGGCGACAAAAAGCAUUGGCUGAAGAGGAAAAGAACAAACAGAAAGCUGAAAUGUCGGAACAAGGAGUAGUGGCCCCAAAGAAAAAGAAUGGUGUAAAGAAGGUGAAUUUUGCUUCAAAAGACUGUGGGGCGAAGAUUCUGGCCAGCAACCCUGAGGCAGAAAAUGUGGACCGAAUUUUAACCAACAACAAAGAUGAAUACAUGAUCAACCGCUGUACUGUCAGCAAAAAAUGGUUUGUGAUUGAACUGUGUGAACCUAUCUAUAUCAAGGAGAUUGAGGCUGGUAGUUUUGAACUUUUUUCCUCAAGACCAGAGAAUAUCAGUGUUAGUGUUAGUGACAGAUAUCCAACCAAAGAAUAUCACCGUCUAGGUGUGUUUACAUUAACUGAGAACAGAGGGCUGGACAAGUUUGAAACCAAAGUGGAAAAUGAUUUUUAUGUCAAGUAUGUAAAGGUGGAAAUGCUUACUCACUAUGGGGAUGAACAUUACUGUCCACUGACAAUGUUCAGGGUGUAUGGAUUACCAGUGGAGUUAGAUGAUGAUGAUGACUUGGAAUCUCAACAUGAGGAGGGGGAGCACAGUGGGGAAAGCACGUCUGAUAGUGUUGAGGGAGCUGACUCAGAUCAACCAAAGAAUUUGUUCUCCAGUGCUAAAGAUACUGUAUUGAAACUGGUAAAGAAAGUUUUAAAUGUUGAGGAGAAAUCAGAAAUUUCACAACUCAACAAUACCAUGCCUCUGAAUGCCACCUCAAACAACGUGACUGAUGUUGACAAGGCAGCAGCACAGGAGAAGAUGGCGCCCUGUGAACCUAAGGCAGAAGUUCAAAAAGAGAAGACUGAGGCCGAUGUAGUGAACACUGGGAAAGGAGAGACCUCCCCCAAACCCCCCACCAUCACCUCUUGUCCUGCUGAGCUAGAAAAACCAUGUGAUACUCCAGGGACUGUAAGUGAUGACAUGAAACCGGAUCUUUUGGAUCCUGCUGUAUCCAUAGUUACCAAGCUGGAGGACCAUGAACAAAUGCCGAGUGAACAAUUAAAGCCUCCCAUGGUUUCCUUAAUACAAAGUGGAAAUCACAAGAAGCGCUUAACUCUGUAUGAGAUGUUUCUGUCAUGUAUUCUUCCACACAGAUUCAAGAUUAGCCACCGACAGAGGUCCACUUUGUCAAUGUGUAGUUAUGUGCGAGCAUUAAAAAGAGAUUGGAUCUCGGUGCCUGGGGAAUUUACCUUGCUACCAAGGUCAAGGACAUUUGAAUCUUCAACAGCGACACCCUCAGUAACGGUAAAGAAGGAGGUUGUGGAUCACACAGAGGUGGUAACCACCCCUACAUCUGAAGUGAUGGAAACUCCAACAGAGAGAGAAGGGGAAAGUCAGUCACCUUGUUUUAUCCCCACGCCCUCUCCCACUUCUGAUGUUCAAAUUUCAACAGAGACACAUGUUCCUACUCUUGAAUCUGAAGUUCCUGUACAAGACAGUACAAUUCAAACAAAAGAAACAAAAACUCAGCAAGGAUUUGAUCAGUCGCCUGUUUUAUCAACAUCUCAGAAAACAAUGGACAAAACAGAAAGUCCAGAAGUCAGAGCCACAUCUUCUGUUUCUGUGGAAAACACGGUAGCUUGGGAGAUACCAACAGCUGAGUCCUCUACUAGUCACAAAGAAGUGGAAUCUAGUCAGAAUGUACUAGAGCCCAGUGUUGUUAUUGAUGUUAGUACGGAUUCCUUUUCUGAGACUCCACAUCUACAGCAGACAGAAUCCAUUACAACAAUGCCAGUGUCUGACACAGUUCCAGUUUCAACCUCACCAUCUUCAACAGAGGAAAGUAAAACAGAGCAGAAAAUGCACCUUCCAGAGGUUAAUGGUGCCUCCAUCACAACCAGCAGUGCUGUACAGACAGAGAGUUCUCAGGACACCGAAGUGAGCGGCCAGACUUCUGAGGAGGGGGACAGGCACACAGAGGACAGUUAUCCCCAAGCCACAGUGACCCCUGCCCCAGACACAAUGGAGCAGACCACUGAAUCCAGCUAUACACUGUCAGCAGACGACAUUGAGUACACGCCACAGAAAAACCUCCGAUUGGUCAAGGUUCCCAUCCUGCCUCUGCAGAAACGAGAAACGGCCAUAAUGAGACUGACCAAUAGGAUCAAAGCUCUGGAAACUAAUGUUUCUCUCAGCAGCAGGUUUUUGGAUGAGAUGACUCAGAAGUUUAAGAAGCAAUCAGAGGAAAUGCAGAAACUGCUGACUGCUAAAUUUGAGAAUGUUACCAGAGACCUUAUGGUCGCCGAGCUCAGAGACAGAGAACAACAGGUGCAGAUCAAUUUUCUGGAACACCGCUUAGAUAACCUGACAGACAUGGUGUACAGACUCCAAGACGAGAUGUUUCAUCUCAACAAACAGGUCCUGGAUAGACAGGUUUUCUUUACAACUGUGGAGAUUUUUGUCCUGUUCUGUAUUCUCCUUGUUUGUCUGAGGCGAGGUAAAUCUACUGUGGUUAACAUGCCCCCGGAGGUCAAGAAGCUGAUUGAAGGAAUGCCGCUAAGUAUGGAUGUGUCCAAGGUUCCAAGGCGGAAUUCCUACACUGAGGGAGCCAGGAAACCAAACAAAAUACUGAUGUCUGAGGGACAACUACAGAAACACAGCAGUGAUCCUUCACUGGGUAUGGCAUUUUUUGUAAAAGAGAUGUGGAAAUGUUUUACUUCCAUAAUAAAACAUGCAUCUUCUUUACAGCAAAGAGAUUUUCAGAGAAGAAAAAAGAAGAAAAGAAACAGAGUGCAAGUUUCGAAAUCUACAGAAAUCCACAAUCUCCCAGAAGAUUUGAAAAACAUAAGUGCUGACAGUCAUAGUGAGGCUGGGCUGUUAUUUACUAGUGAUAUACCCAAAGAAUUGACAUCAAGCACCAAGCCAGAGAGGAAUUCUGGGGGACUGCUGUCGUACUUUUGGAAAGAUAAAGAGUCGGUGAACAAUUUGGCACAGAGAAAGACUAGUUGCCCAAAUUCUCUCCCAGAGGCGAACAAAGGUCAACAGUCUAAUAAGGCAGUUCCCUCAAGUGCAAAUGGACAAAAACUGAUGAAGAAAUCUUCGUCUUCGGAAUGUGCUGCCUCCAACAAAACAAGUCAGAAUGGACAUUGCAUGUUUGUUUAUCCUGUCAUUCAGACUUUAGCACCUACAUUUUCUUGUUCAAAGCCAGCCAAUGGUCAGUUCAGUGGCCGACCUCCAGACAAAAGCAACGCUGGACAUCCCAAAAAGAAGUCGCAUAAAAGGGCAUCAAGUAUUGACCUUUCUGCAGUGCAGAAAAGAUAGGUCUUUCUCUGAUUGGUUAAGGCUUUAUUUUCACAAGUUUAUUUGUGGGCAUUAAAGUAGUUUAAUUUAUUUUUGCCAUUUUAUCUGGUUCUACAGAUUAAUUUAUUUUUACCUUGUGUAGUAAAGCUCUGUUACAGCAUGCAAGCUUAAUAUGAUGAAUUCAAGUUAACAGUGGAAAAAUGCUCUUUCCUGUAUUUUUAAAACACAUACAUUAUCAAUUUAGCAGAAUGAAUUAUGUUAAUGAUGAAUCAAAAUUGUUCCUUGUCACUUUGUAAUAAGCAACGUUCACUUUAUAGAGUUAGAUGUACAUAAACAUGUUUUUCAAGAUGGGGUUUACAUUGAGUUUGAUACAUACAUGUUUAUAGUACUGACAAAUUAAUUAAAACGGAAUGAAAAUUAUGUCAUAAUUAGAUUCAGUAUUUGUACAAGUAUAGUAAAAACACCAGUAUUUCUGAUUUAAUUCACUGAUCAAAUAAUGGUGCUGAUUUUGCAAACAUUAGCUUUAAUUUUGAUAAUGUUCUUUUUUGUCUUGAAAGAGAAGAGCAUAAUUCAAAUUUUCAUUUCUGUUGCAAUAGAUAUUAAGGAUCACUUCUUGAAAAUCAGAAUUAAUUCAGUUUUGUCUAUAUGUUAACUUAUUAACUAAUCAUUAAUUACCUAAUGAAUUUGUCCGGUACCGGUGAGGGAUUUUGUUCAUAGUUUACUCACAUAUGCUUAAUGUAACAUUGAUUAAUUAUCUUUUAAGAAUUUAAAUUUAAGUUAACUUUCAUGAACUUCGUUCUUCUUAAGGCACAUUUACAACUAUACAAAUUAUUGACAUGAUGUUUGCUUCGCCGCUAGUAUUUAUAUCGUCUGUGGAAUGCUAGUUGAUGGUAGUGGUGUAAUCUGAGAGGGUUAAUUUGAGCUGUUUAUCUGGGUUGUAUAUGAAGUUUCUUUGUAUCUUGCAUACACAAGGGGCAUUUGGCAAAUGGAAAGUGGAGAAUUAUUUUAAAUAUUUUUUUUUCUUGAUAAUCUAACAAAGAAAUGAGGUGUUGUUUCACUUGGUGAACAGGUUCAAAACUUGUACUGAAAUAUUUUAAAGAUCUAAUUUUUUAAAAUUAUUUAUUUUUUGCCACUCUUAAUUUUUUCAAAAGCUUGUCAUUAAACUAUACACUAUGAUACUUAAUAUCCUUACUUGUAACCCCCUGCCCAUCUCCCAAAGAUUCACAUUAAACAUGAACUUGCAGGGGAGGGGGGAUUACAAGUAAGGAUAUUAAGAACAGUUCAAAGCUGUGUUGUUUGCAUAUGUGUGGUUUUAACACCACCCCCACCCCCAGCAUAAUUGAUUCAAGUCUCCUUUUACAAAUGUCCACUUUGCUUUUGCACAACUGUUUUCUUUUCUUUCUUUCUUAUUUCUUUUUGCCAUUUUCCUUCUCAUGUGUAGACGUGUUUUUAGGAUUUCAGUGAAUGGUCACUGCCUUUAUAUUUACUUAUUUCCUUCAAAAAUUCUAGUCCCCAAUUAUGAAUUGUGUUCUUAUUUUGCACAUGCAGUGCUGCCUUUGUUUUGUUCAUGUUUUUUCAGUGUAUAGUGCUAAGGUUUCAAACAUUUGUUCUUGUGCAUUCAUAAAGAUAGACAUCUUAAUAGGUAAAAACCUGUCAGUGUAAUGAUUUAUUGUGAUCCUUAUUAAUGUCCUAUAAUGUAUGAACAUUCCAUGAAUGUAGUACAUAUUGUUGUAAUAACAUUGUAAUACAUGUAUGUACCUGUCUGAUGUUAGAAAAUUUAUUUUUCUUUUUGAUGUAUCUUUAAAAAAAAUCAUUUUGAUUUAUUUUCUUAAAAAGAUUGAAUGCUAAAUUGGAAACGCCAUGAAAACUGAGAUUAAUCCAGAAGAAUCUCCUUUUUCUGUGAUAAAAGAUGGGAUGUGACUUUUGGUUCUUUAUGCAGAAAAUAACUUAACUUGGUUGUGUUUUGAUUAUAGCAUACAGCAACAGAUAGUUGUGUUUGUAAAUCCAUGAUAUUUGUUGAUUCAGAGUUUAGUAAUGUCCAUGUUGAGCAGUAAUUUUCUUGAUUUGACAAUUUGGUGCUAAUGUCCAGGUCCACGUGUGUCAAAUUUAAGUCAAUGCAGUUAAAUUGUUAUAGCUAUUUAAUGUUGAAUUAAAAUUUCUGAAGAACUCUUAAA